UUGCCUCUCCCCUUUCGUAUUCCACUCGAGGGCCUGACGCGCCAUAUCACCAGCCGGCCUCCUCAACGAGUGUCCAAUCCAUCUUCACUUUCUCCUGCAUAUAUAUUCAAUAAAUAAAUUACCAUGGGAUUAUAUAUAUUAUUAUACUACCCAAAUUUUAAACAUACAAUAAUCCCCUUUGUGUUGUGAUCACUUUUCAUUUUAGAUGAAUUAACAAGUUAAUGCAAACAGAUUCCAUCGAAAGACAGACAAAAACAGAAUUAUAAAUGGAUAAAAUUAAGAAUAUAAUUAACGACUUACAAAAUGAAAUAAAUGAAAAUAAAAUUAUUCCAAAGUUAAUAGAAUUAUACAACAUCUAUUCAUUAAAACAAAAUAAAAAUCAUAAAGAAUUAAAUAAUUAUCUUUUAAAUUCAAUUUUACCGCUUCUACUAUGCAAUUGCAUAAAACAAAAUUUUUCACAAUUCAAUGAAAAUUGGAGCAUUUCAUAUCAAUUAAGUUGUUUUCUAUUAAAUUUAAUUACAUUCAAUAAUCAAUUUAAAGAUGUGAAAAUUUCAACCGAUUUAUUAAAAAAUAUUAUUGAAUCACAUUUAAUUUUAUUAAAACGUUUACAAAAAUAUUAUCACUUAUCAUCUAUUGAAUCACAUUUAAUUAAAAUGGAGACGUCUAAAGAAGAUUGUUCCAGUCUAAUUCAGUCUUUACUUAUAAACAUUGAAAAGUUGAUUAAACACUUUGAAAUAGUAGCCCCAUAUUUACUACUUAAAUCACCAUGGUUUUUACAAUUAUUUAUAUCAGAUAAUCAAGAUUUUUUUAUCUUAUUAAUUCAAUUAUUUACUAUAUGCAUUGAAUUGUCAUGUGAUUCAUUUAAACAAUUAAAGCAUAGUAUAAGAAUUGAUAUUUUAGAUGAAUUAAUUUAUCAUUUGUCAAUAAUUGAUAUUUCUAAAGAUAUAGAAUCAUUGUUAAAAUGUUUUGUUGUAUUAUUGAAGAAUAUACCAGAAUUGCGCGGGACUGUGUUGAAACGUUAUCGUGGGAUUCAACUCUUACUGACAAAAUGGUUAACACAUUUUACUCAGAAGGAGAAUCAACAGAAAUCUGAUAAAAAUGUCACAUGUAAACAACUUCUAGGCGAACUGAUUCAUCUAAUUGAUGAAUAUAAAAAAUCAAUUAAAGAAGACGAAGAAAAAGUUGAUGAAAGUGUCUGUGUGAAGAAACAGUCCAAAAAGGUUAAUCUAAGCCAAGAACAAGCUGCAAUAACUAUCCAAUCUGCCUGGAGAGGAUAUUCAGAAAGGAAAAAGUUAAAAUUUAUGAGUAAAAAUAUUGCGAAGUUUCAGCGACAUUUUAGAGAAUGUCAGUUGAAAAAGGCAAAAGACUUAGAAAAGUUAAGCCUUGAAAAAGAAUUUCAGCAUACAAUCAGUAGAAAUCGUCAUAAACGCUACAGGCAACACUUAGAAUCUGAAGCCAAACUAUGGUCAAGUUUACCGCCACGUUUAGUUGAAAUUGCAUGGAAUAAAAAACGUGAAGAAGCAGCUACAACAAUUCAACGAUAUUAUCGUGGAUAUACAACACGAAAACAGAUAACAAGUCAACAAGAUUAUUUGAAAUGUGAUAAAGCUGCAAGAAUAAUACAAGUCUACUUUCGUAAAUAUCUAUCACGUAGAGAAUGUCUUUCAACAAGGAAAUGUAUUCCCCCGGUGAAUUCAUCAGAAAGUUAUAUGAUGAAGAAAAAGGAUUCAGAAGUGAUCGACAAAGAACAAAUCCUACGGGAUCAUCGAAGAUGGUGUGAAACUCAUCAAGAAAAAAUUAGACCAAUCAGUCAAUUAGAAGAUAUUCACUAUGAACUACAAGGUAAACUUGAUAAAUAUCUACGAAGUCGACGUAUAAGUAACAUCAAAAAUCAAGCUAGACAAGUAACACUGACAAGAAUGAAAAUUGAUUCCGAUCUUCUAUUGAAUGAGACUACUGAUAAAGCAGAGAAACAAACAGACGGGAGUAAAACAAUCCCACUGGAGGAUAUAACAUCACCGUCAACAAAAACUACAACACUCAAUGAUAUAGUAAAUCGGCAUAUUCAGUGCUCUGAUAUACCAAAUGCAUUUAGUCAAUUCUCAUGUCGUGUUCAGCCGUUGGCCAGAUUCGCUCAAAUAGAACAUCAUGAUAUGAUGUCAAUGAUGAAUUCAAAUAAAUCCUGGUGGAAUAUUUUCAUGUCAGAGUGGAAUAA